CACAGUCAACCGCCUAUAGCCGGUCUCGUAGGGUUAUCCACCGGCACUUCCGGUCACCCCCUUCUCUCAGAGUCCCGCUAGGUAUAUAAACCCCGAUCGAACUCUGAAGAUAGUUUUCAGCUCCAUCGCGACGACUCUUCCCCAUCAAUUUAAAGACAACUUUAUCAAAGCCAAGCCCUUUAACUCAAAGUAUUACCAAAAUUGGUGAUAUAAAAAACAAGAUCGAGGUGUCAGUGUCACUUCUUAAGGUGAAAGGGUAUAAUUCCUCUAAGUUAGCUAGAUUUUAAACUAUCCUCUAUCUUCUAUCCCCUUAGGGGUAUUAUAGGAAAUCCAUCUAGUGAUCUUCCAUCAUUGAUCAACUGCAUCACUGUGGAUAACUACCUGGAUUCCAGCCAGGAACUGGCCCUACCUACCAUGGGGCCUUCACGAACAGGUGGAGGAAUGUUACAUUCUUCAUCAACUUCUGGAAUCUUCUUUCAAGAUAACAUGCAGUCUCAAUUGGGAUCUUUUGGAAACAUGUCAAAUCCAAUGCAUCCAAAUGUAUCUCAUUCUCAUGUUUCUGCUGACAUAAGCAACAAUCUCAUGAAUAGUGUCACCACUUCAGCUCCCAGCAUUGCUGCAAGCUCAAUGGUUACAGAUGCUAAUUCAGGUCUUUCAGUGGGCCCACAUCUCCAAAGAAGUGCAAGUUUCAACACAGAUUCCUACACCCGUUUACCCGCAUCACCAUUAUCAUUCUCUUCCAACAAUUUAAGCAUUUCAGGUUCUUCAAUCAUAGAUGGAGUCCAAAACUCAAACCAAGAUCCACACUCUCAUCAAAUGCAAAAGAAACCAAGAUUAGAUAUCAAACAAGAUGACAUCAUUCAACAACACCAAGCUGUUCAACAGAUUCUCCAAAACCCUAACCCUAACCCUAACCCUAACCUUAACCAAAACCCCCAAUUACAAGCUUUGAUUCAACAACAAAGAAUACGCCAACAACAACAACAACAGCAAUUACUCCAAUCUCUUCCUCCAUUACAAAGAGCACACUUACUUCAACAGCAACAAUUGAGGCAACUUCAACAACAGGCAUCUGUGAAAAGACCUAAUGAUGGAGGUGUAUGUUCUAGAAGACUUAUGCAAUACCUGUAUCAUCAAAGACAACGUCCUUCUGAUAAUAGUAUUGCAUACUGGAGAAAGUUUGUUGCAGAGUAUUAUUCCCCACGUGCUAAAAAAAGAUGGUGUUUGUCUUUAUAUGAAAAUGUUGGCCAUCAUUCUUUAGGUGUAUUCCCUCAAGCAAGUCUAGAUACAUGGCAAUGUGACAUAUGUGGUUCAAAAUCAGGAAGAGGAUUUGAGGCAACAUUUGAAGUGUUACCUAGACUUAAUGAGAUAAAAUUCAGCAGUGGUGUAAUUGAUGAACUUUUGUUUCUUGAUUUGCCACGUGAGAGUAGAUUUCCUUCUGGAAUUAUGAUGUUGGAAUAUGGAAAAGCUGUUCAAGAAAGUGUAUAUGAACAGCUUCGUGUUGUUAGACAAGGUCAACUCAAAGUCAUCUUCACCCCUGAUUUAAAGAUAUUGACUUGGGAGUUCUGUGCAAGACGCCACGAGGAGCUUCUUCCUCGAAGAAUUGUUGCCCCUCAGGUGAAUCAGUUGUUACAGGUGGCACAGAAAUGUCAGUCUACAGUUUCUGAGGGUGGAUCUGAUGGAGUAUCCCAACAAGAUUUACAGACAAAUAGUAAUAUGGUUGUGACAGCCUGGCGCCAGCUGGCGAGGAGCUUGGAGUUACAAUCAUUAAACGACUUGGGAUUUUCCAAAAGAUACGUUAGGUGUUUACAGAUAUCUGAAGUUGUUAGUAGCAUGAAAGACUUGAUGGAUUUCUGCCAAGAUAACAAAGUGGGCCCCAUUGAGGGGUUGAAGAGUUACCCUCGCCAGGUCAGCGCCAAGGUGGAAAUGGGACAGGUGUCAAGUCAAAUGGUCAACAACCGAGGAGCUAUGUUAAGUGGCUCACCUCAGUCUGCACUUACACUCACGAAUUACCAGAAUAUGUUAAUGAGACAAAAGUCAAUGAAUUCAAACGCCCCAAAUAACGGGUCACUUCAAGAUUGGGGGUUGCAGAAUAAUAGAGUAAGUGGCGGCUUCCACCACCAGCCGCCGCCAUCUCAAGGCGGCAGUCAGGCGGCACAACACCACAUGAUUCAGCAACUGCUUCAAGACAUGAAUAAUAAUAAUGGAGCUGGAGGUGGUGGUGGUGGUGGUGGAGGGCCAGUUCCAGUGCCAAAGCCCACGGUCUCCGGGCAGAGUGGUGGUGGUGGGAGUAUGAGGUAUGGCGGCGGCGGUGGUGGUGGUGGGCCAACGAGGAGUAACAGCUUCAAGGGUGGUUCACACAGUGAUUCAUCUGCGGGUGGUGGGAAUAUUGGUGUGAGCAGUCAGAAAGGAGGGGGGGUGUUGGACAUUGUUGAGGACAUAGGUAGUGAGUUCAAUGAAAAUGGAUUUUUUAAUAAUGACGAUUUUGAGUUUUGAGGAUACAAUAUAAUAUAAUAUAUAUAGAUAUAUCUAUAUGUGUCUUUGUACAGUUGGAUUGAGUUUGGGUCAUUUCGUACAUUAUCUAUCUUUAGAUUGGAGUUGAAGGUUCUGAUGUUUAUUUCCCCCUUUUUAGUCGUGGGUAAGUGUUUUGCAAGUGUAAUCUAUUUAUAUACACAUUUAAGAAGAGCUUUUUUUUUUGGA